AUGUCCGAAGGACAGAGCAUUCAUCAGCCGCUUCCACAGAAUUCUCGCACUAUCCGCCUACUCGAGUUGAUGCCUGCGACCUGGAACGAUCCAAUCUCAUGUUACACUCGGCAAAGGCUAUUGGAUGAAGCGAGCGGAACCUAUACAACCAUUUCGUACACGUGGGGAAAGAAUCUCUUCUCGAUUUUACGAAGACUACGACGACCGGACCGCUCAGUUCUGGUUUGGGCGGAUGCAAUAUGUAUUGACCAAUCGUCACCGAGCGAACGAACACACCAGGUUGGCCUCAUGGGAGAGAUAUAUAGGCGAAGCCGGGAAACAGUUAUAUGGCUAGGAGAGCAAUCUGGGAAUGACGAUGUAGGCGAGCAGCUCUUGGACCAUUGCAUGACCACAGAAGAUCGGCAGCUACUAAGACUGGGAGGCCCGCCCCGUUUGAGAUUUGGCAACACUUACUCUGAUAACCGUUUGCUCAGCGCAUAUGCAUUGGAUUUCCUCCUGUCCAAGGACUCCUCGCAGCAUGCUCCUCUAAGCCUCCUCCCUUUUAACGAUAUCCUCCGGGCGUUCUGUUUGAUAUAUUGCCUAGCUUCAGGAACUUCGAGUCUGGAGAUCGAAUUCUGGGAUGAGCGCAAUAACGUCGGUAAAAGCCCCACGGCGAUGCAGACACUUCUACCAGGCACUGUUGAGUCGGCCAGAAUGUGGAAAGGUUUUGAAAGGAUAAUGAAUCGGCCCUGGUUCACUCGCAUUUGGGCAAUCCAAGAGACGGUGUUGGCACGCAAAGCCACUGUACACUACGGUAUGCUCUCAGCUCCGUGGCAGAUGUUCGCCACCGCCGCCAGAAAUUUCAUGCAGGAGCGGCAUUCCCUUUGUCUCGACCUCUCCGGCACACUACGGGGUUAUGAAAUGCUCUCUCAGCUCAGUAUGACAAUAUUGCGCGUUGAUGAUGUGAGGCGGUGCCAUCAGCUCUGCCUAAAAGAUGCCACUUUGCUUUCACUGUUGUGGAAAUUCCGGUCCCUGGAGUCGAGCGAUAAAAGGGACAAAGUCUUUGCGCUGCUUGGAGUCACCACGAACUGGGAAGGCCAGUCCCCAAUCCUUCCGGACUACAGCUUGGAACCGGAAUCUGUGUUUAUCUACACAGCACUGGACCUUAUCCGACAAUCGCGAUCACUGUCUGUCCUUGCUGGGGUUCUCGACCCAUUUUUGGGACGCAAGCGUUUGAAACGACUGCCUUCAUGGGCCCACGAUUGGUCUCUACCUUGUUUACAGGUAGAGACUGACCGCUUCAAUGCAUUGUCGAUAUAUAACUCGUGUGGCGGUCGCUAUGGGGCCGUCAUCUUCCACCCCCAGCACUCGAUUCUGCAGGUACAGGGACUGUACAUUGGUGACGUUGUUGCUGUCGGGGAAAUCUCACGACACACGCAGCUCAGCGACACGCUUGCCGUAAUUCGUCAAUGGAGGCUUUUGAUGUUUGAAUUUGCGUCUGCCCGCGACUGCUAUCCAACGGGGGUAUCCUACCAGCAAGCAUUUUGGAGGACGCUGCUGGGAGACAUGCUUUAUAUCGGAAAUCCCAGUGGCGCAGGAAAUGACACGUCGUACCGAAGAGCAACCAGUGCUUAUUAUACUGCAUAUGAGGCCUGGCGGAUGUGGUCAAGGUGCAUAUCUCGAGACUCCAUCAACCGUACCGCAACGUUCACUCAACAGGAUCUCGACGAAGGGAUAUCUUCUGUGCACUACGCGAUCAAGACUGCUACAGCAUCCCGGGCCUUCUUCCUGACUAGCAAUGGUUAUAUGGGCAUUGGACCUCAAUCGACGAGGCCAGGUGAUCGCCUGUAUAUUGUUAAAGGCAGCAGAGUGCCCUUUCUGGUUCGCCCGGAUAGCCUUCGCAGCUGCUAUCGUUCAGACACUGACACAGUAGGUGAGAGCCGCAUGAUCCUCUAUCCAUCAGGUCGGGCUCCGGAGUCUGACAUUGUGCAUGUCUGUCGCGGGGACCACACUUGCCAUUCGCUUCUUGGAGAUUGCUUCGCUUUUGGACUGAUGGAUGGAGAAGCGUUUGAGAAAGGCGAUUGCGAUUUGACGAGUCUAUUCUUGGUAUGA